GAGAGCGUGAGGAGAAGGCCAGGGAGAGCCAGAGCCCGUGUGGGAACGACCGCAGUGCAGUGCAGUAGCUUAGCCUGCUCCCUCUGAGGCUGACGUGUUUGUUCCAAUCUGAAGCAAGGGUUUUCUUUUUCUCUCUCACUGUCUAAGGCACCUGAAGGAGAAUCAUCAGUCAUCCAAGGACCAUCAGAAUGAGUGAAAAUACUACUUUGGUUCCUCCAGCUUCAAACCAGGGUCCCACCACACUAUACAAAGGGCCCCCCAAAUUCAAGCAGAGGCAGACUCGCCAAUUUAAGAGCAAGCCUCCCAAGAAAGGUGUGAAAGGGUUUGGAGAUGACAUUCCAGGCAUGGAGGGGCUAGGAACAGAUAUCACGGUGAUUUGCCCCUGGGAGGCAUUCAGCCACCUGGAAUUGCAUGAGCUCGCUCAGUUUGGGAUCAUUUGAGGCACGAGAGGCUCUGCCAUUCUCAAGAGUAUCCGCUGUAACUUUGGUUUCAUUUGCCCUAUUGAUUUAUCUACCAGAGUCUUGAAGUUCAGUCUUGUUCGGAAGAGGUUUCUUUUGCUUACACAGUCAUUUCCUAUAGGUUACUGUUAUCAUAAGAAUUCUCUUUGUGUCAGACUCUGUCAUGUAGUUUAGUUUAGCUCAGAAUAGUGGCUGAAAAUUGAUUUUUGUUAGGGCAUUUCAAACUUUCCCACCUUUUCCUAUCAGCUGGUGAGAAGUCAUCAGUAUUUCCCUAAAUUUUGUUUAUUUGUUUAGUCCUUCAAAUCUCUCUUUGCUAGGGAUUCUUUAUGAUUAGUAGUAGGUUUUUAAGAUAACAUUUAU